GGUGUCAACGGUCCAAGCCACGAUGGCCACAGUGUCGGGGAUCACGGUUAUCCUCAGCUGCAAGAACGUGGUGUACGACAGGCACUGGCUGGCCGUGGAGUACAUCUGGGUCCUCGUUCCCUACAUGACUUAUGACAUCUAUGUCAUGUACCUCUGCCACUGGCACAAGAGCCUGGAAAAGGGAAUCGCAGAGAAGAAGCACUCGCUGGCCAGCGUGUGGAGCUUCCUCCUGCAGGAGCGGCUGAUGGUGACCCACCACCUCUUCAUCCUCAUCGUGCUCACCCCCAUCACCCAGCACUUCAGGGGAGAGCUGGGGGACUUCUUCGUGGGCUGCAUCUUCACAGCAGAGCUAAGCACGCCUUUCGUAUCCCUGGGCAAAAUCCUCAUGCAGGUAGGCGAGCAGGGACAGGGCUCAGACUGCCAGGAGGCAAGGCUGGAGCCACAGAACUGCCAGCUCGUGUCCACAGUUAUUCCCAUGGAAAAUUGA